UGCAGGAGCUGCUUGAUAGAGAAGCACUGGAAAAGUUUUGUAUGGAGCUGAACCAGCCGAUGCUGCCAAACAUCCGCAAGUGGAAGGGCCCUAGAGGAUGUUGGAAGGGUGUUGUUUCCGAAAAGCCCUCAGGCCAGCUACCUAAGGGAGUGGAAUAUUCUGGUUUUCUCUGGGAUACAACAGCUGGCAUUGAGCUCAAAGACGCUUCUUUUCAGGAGAAUGUACAGACUAAUGGCAAUGGGAGACACUCGUAUCCUCACCCAUAUAUUGCACAUUUCAAGGUUGGGAUGAAUGACCUAACGCUGGUUAACCUUCACCUGGCCUUGGCUCCUGCAGUGGGGGACAACGCAGGGAAGAACCACGACAGCCACAAGCUAGCAACCUUUGCACAGACUUUGCAGGAGACUCUGAAAGGGGAAAAAGAUGUGAUCAUCCUGGGAGAUUUUAACCAGGCUCCCGACAGCAGCGACCAUGACAUUCUGAGGAAGGAGAAGUUCCAUCACUUGGUCCCUUCAAAUACAUUUACUAACAUCAGCACAAAGAACCCCCAGGGAUCGAAGUCGCUGGACAACAUGUGGAUCAGCCGGAGUUUGAAGAAGGUUUUCACAGGCCACUGGGCUGUUGUGCGAGAAGGUCUUACAAACCCGUGGAUCCCUGAUAACUGGUCCUGGGGUGGAGUAGCCUCAGACCACUGCCCUGUGCUGGCUGAAUUUUACAUGGAAAAGGACUGGAACAGGAAGGAGGUGACGCGGAAUGGAAACGGGGUGACCGUUGAGCGCGACUCAAACACUAAACACGAACGAUGACGUGAACGGGAGGAGCCAGCCCAUAGCCCCUGUUCCAGGGGUCAGCCCAUAGCUCUGCUUGCUGGAGACACAGCUGUGGAGCAGAAGAGCUGCUUCCCCCUCUCCUUCCUUCACCUGUCCUCCCCAUGUCCAGAAAGCAUCAGCACUUGCCUCCGCUGGCUCUCGCUCUGCGCCCUUCACGGACAGCUCUGGGGUGUCCCAGGGCAGUAGAGCAGCCCGUAACUUUUUAUAGGGAUGCGAUGGACCCAUCUCCAUGCCUGGAGAUUUGGAUGAGAACUGUACAGAAAAUAAAGUGUACUUUUAAUACUGUG